AUGUCUCCCACAUUACCCAAUGAAUGUCUUCAUGAAAUUUUUAGUUAUCUCGAUAAUGAUCUUAAAACACUUCAUUCAGCAAUAUUUGUCUCUCAUGUCUGGUGUGAAAAUGCUAUACCUUUCUUAUGGAAAAAACCUUUUCGACAAAAUCCAAAAGAAAUAAAUCUUUUCAAAAUAAUUCCAAUUUUUUUGUCAUUUUUAAAAAAUCAAAAAAAAGAUGAUCUUCAAUUAGAAAACAUAAGUACCUUCAAGUUACCAACAAAAACAACUUUUGAUUAUCCAUUCUUUAUUCAACACCUUGAUUUGAAUUAUCUUAUAACAGCCGUUACUCAAUGGUUGAUCAAAUAUCCACCUAUUAAUGAAACGUCUUUAUUUUAUUAUAAGAGAACAAAAAAAGAAAUAUCUAUAGAUUAUUUAAAACGUAAUGAUUUUGUUGUUUCAAUUUUAAUUACAAUAAUUACGAUAUCAGAAAAAAUUGAAAAAUUAGAAAUUAAUAUGGACAAAGAACUUGAUGUAAAUAUUGUUGAAGAGAUUACAAAGUUCUUUGCUAUACCAGAAACAUUUAAAUGUCUUUCGCAACUUACUCAUUUGGAAUUUAGUGGAAAAGUUUUUUUAACAGGAAUAAUUUCAGAACUUUCUAAUUAUGCUCAUGAAUUAAUUUCGAUAAAAUUUUGUCCAAGUGAAGAAAUUCCUGGAGAAAGUUAUAAAGAAUUUGCAAAUUUAAUAUUAACACAAAAAAAUUUAAAAUAUUUAAGACUUGAAUGGCCUUCACGUAAAUUUAAUGCAACACAAAUUUUAUUGUCACUUUCAAACAGUGUUAAUUCUCUUUUAGAAUUUACCAUGAUCAAUGGAUGUGUGACUGAUGGAAGAGCUUUUGAAUCAUUAGCAGAUUGUUCAAAUCUUGAAUUACUUCAUUUUAAUGGACAACAUUUUACAGUUGAACAGAUGAAACCAUUUUAUGAUGCAAACAUGCCAAAACUUUAUUCAUUACAAUUAAUUGAUUUAUAUGAUAGAAUAGAUAGAAUAUCACAACUACCACCACGUAUGACGACAACGACAACAACUAACAUUACAAAUCCAUAUAUUGGAAUAUUUCAAAAUACAAGAAUGUCAUCAAACUUAAGAAAUCUUUGUAUUCGAACUAAGGGAAUGUCUCUACAUUCCAUACUUGAAGCAGUUUCACGAAUUUGUCAAAAUUUUAUUUCAUUUACCACAUAUAUGAUAAAGAAUGAAGAUAAAAAUUUUAUUUUAUCAAUUAUUCGAAAUUCACCUCGAUUAGAAAGUUUAGAAAUAUUAGCAAUUGAUGAAAUUUUUGUCGAUUUCAUUUCUUUCAUACCCCUCGCUCUUCCAUCUCCUCCUCUUUGUCGAGAUGGUAACGAUUUAUUAUUAGAAAUGGUAAAAGUUUUACCUAAUGGAUUACGCCAUUUGAAUAUAUCACAAUUAGAAAUACUUGAUGGAACUUUAAAAUACUUUUUGGAAAAAUGUGAGGCGAAACUUAAAUCCUUAAUUUAUUAUAGUAAUCAUAUCUUAAAUGAUGAAGAAUUUAUUAAAAAGAUUAGUGAUGAAAAAGGUUGGAAAGUAAAACAAAUUGAUUCAAUAAAUGUAGGUGAAAAUGUUAGAAUUAUUGUUUUAUGGGAAUAA